CCCAGCUGCCAUUCCAGCCUGCGUGUACUGGACAUGACUGGACUCCCGGAUUCCACAUCUGGCCACGUUCCGGACAGGAUGAGCGUCUGGUCUGGCACUGUGGCUUUGGCCAAGGCUUGCAUGGAGGUGUCCAAGCACCAGCGGGAAUUCCAGCGGCGUGGAUCCAAGCGGCACAAAGGCCUCUCUGCAGAUGACACGGCCGCAGCCACUCCGCGGCCCCCAGGCAUUGCCAUUCAUGCUGACCUGUUCGUCAACGGAACGUCCUAUGGGAUCCUGCGUGAUGCUCUCCAGACCAGAGCUGCCGGCCCACUGCGCCUCAAGUGCCGCGAAUUCCAAGCGGAAGAACUCUCGGCAUCCGGGAUCGUGACUUUGUUGGAAUCCCUGGAUCCUUCCUGUCUGCGGAGGGUGGAUCUGCGCUUCAAUAAUUUGGGAUUGAACGGGCUCUCGGUCAUCCUGCCGCACCUCUCGCGCUUCCCAGAGCUGUGCAGCCUCAAGCUCCAGUACAGCAACGUGGACGUGCGGCGCCUGACUCCGGAAACAGCCGUCAGAAUCCGCUGCCUGGCUGGGCAGCUGGGAAUGUUGCCCAGCCUCCGGGAGCUCAACCUGGGAUCCUCCAGGCUCUCAGGAAAUCUACGACAGAUCCUUGGUGACCUCAGGGCUCCGUUGGAAAGCUUGGAAUUGGCCUUCUGCUCCCUCGUUCCUGCCGACCUUGCCUUCCUCUCCCAAAGCUUCCAUGCUCCGGCCCUCAAAAAGUUGGAUCUGAGUGGCCACGACUUCUCCCAAGACCUCCUGGAGCCGCUCCGGCUGCUCCUGGAGAAAACCUCGGCCUCGCUGUUGCACCUGGAUCUCAUGGAAUGCCGCAUGGCCGACUCCCACCUGGAUGCGCUGCUCCCGACACUCCGGCGAUCACUCCGGCGCUGCUCCCACCUGCGCUUCCUGGGACUCUACGGCAAUCGCCUGUCCAUGGCCGCACUCAAGGAUCUGCUCCAGAAAACCUUGGAGCUGCCAGAUCUCCACCUGGUUGUGUAUCCUUACCCAAUGGAUUGCUACAAACCGGAGCCACCGGCAGAAUCUGGCUGGAAUUUUGAAGAGGUCGUGGAUGAGGAACUUUUGGCGGUGGCCAAGGUGGAAUUUAACCAAAUCUUGGAGAAUUACAGGAGAACCAACCUCGUCUGGACUUACAACCCCUAUGGCCACAGAGACUUGGACUACUUCUCCUUGUGAUUUGGGAAAAGCUCGGAGCCUCCGUUGUAGAAAAGCAUCACCACCUCCUUCCUGAAAUCUGGGGUUUUCAACCUCAUCCCAGUGCUUUUCC